AUGUCCGACUCUGCUGAACCCUCCAAGACCAACGGUCAGAUCAACUCCAUUGUCGGUACCGGCAAGGUCCUUGUCGGCAACGUUAUCGAGAGCGGCUACGCUGCUGUUGGUGGCUCCACCGAGCCCUCUUCCUUCACCACCGAGGGUCAGAAGCAGCACGACCAGGGAGAGGCCGAGAUCACUGCUGCUCAGGCCAAGAACUAUGUCGAGGGUGUUGGAGACCGACUUGAGGGAAAGAAGGACUCUAUCGUCGGUGCCGUGACUGGUGACAAGACCCAGCAAACUUCGGGUAACCUCCAGCACGACAAGGGCGAGGCCCAGAUGAACGUCAACAAGCCUUCAUCAUAA